CUUAUUUUCUCUCUCGCUUUUCGGGUUCCUACAUCGAUUCUCUCUAUAACUAUACGCAACAGAAGAAUCCUUUCUCUCUCACUUUUUCUCUCGGCGGGCCUGAUUCUCCGCCGAUUCUAGGGUUUUCCAUUUCCCUCUCUCUGCUGCCUCCAGCUGAGCGUAGCUCGGUCCACCACCGACACCCCCUCCUCUUCCAACUCGCUUCCGUCCGGCUUUAGGUAUACCUGCAUUCCGGCUGCCGUCUUCCUGUCGCCGGCGGGAUCUAAAUUCUCGCCUCUCGUUUUAGUCAUUGCAGAAGCUUGAAGAUUUCAAGGGGCCCUGAAUUGUGGAAUCGCACAUAAUCUUCCAUAGUAUUCUCGAACGCAGUUUUUUACUUCUCAACUAAUACGCUGAAAAGGAGAUGAGACCAUAUAGUAUACUAGAGUUCUGCCAUUGAUGGACUGCUUGCCGAGCAUCUGUGACAAGAAAUCCUUGAAGAGGUGGUUUUUCAUUGACAAGACGGUUGGGUGAAAUAAUUUUCAACUGUCAAGUACUAGUUUUUCGUGGAACUCCAAGGGUUGGAACUGUUGGCUUAUUUGAUCUGUAUACUCAACAGCCGGGCUCACGGAUCCUUGUGAGAUGGACCUUAAAACAAAUCACGCUGCUCCAGUUCUCACUGAUUCUGCACCCAUAGCCCAGUCAAGGUUGCACUCUUCCUUGUUACAUUGCACCACCGCCUCUGGAGCAGCAUUCUCGCCAAAUCUGUUACUAACUGUUCCAAGGAAGAAAGCUGGGUUACUGGAUGAUGUACGCUCCAGCAGCUGGCUGGAUGCUAUGAAAGCAUCCUCACCACCUCCUAAGAGGGUAACCAAGGAACAGAACAAUGAUCGUACAUCACCUGAUGACAGCGGCUACUCUAACUGGCUGCUUAAAUAUCCGUCAGCUCUAGCAUCAUUUGAGCAAAUUGCAAACUUUGCAAGAGGGAAACGGAUAGCAUUGUUUCUGGAUUACGAUGGGACUCUUUCACCCAUUGUCGACAACCCUGACUGCGCCUUCAUGUCAAAUGAUAUGCGAUCCGCUGUCAAAAUCGUUGCCAAAUAUUUCCCAACAGCCAUAAUCAGUGGAAGAAGUCGUGACAAGGUGUACGAGUUUGUAGGUCUAACUGAACUAUACUAUGCCGGUAGUCAUGGGAUGGACAUAGUGAGUCCCGUUAGGGAAUCGGCUCCUGCUGACCAUGUAAAUUCUAUACGGUCCACUUGCAAGCGGGGGAAAGAAGUUAAUCUGUUCCAGCCUGCAAGUGAAUUUCUACCCAUGAUUGAUGAGGUGUUCAAUUCCCUUGUGGAGAGCACUAGAGACAUAAAAGGAGCUAAAGUUGAAAACAACAAAUUCUGCGUCUCCGUACAUUACCGCAAUGUAGAUGACAAGUAUUGGGACGCGGUGGCGCGCUCUGUAGACAAAGUGAUUAAAAACUAUCCGAAGCUACGGCUGACACACGGAAGAAAGGUUCUGGAGGUGCGACCUGUAAUUGACUGGGACAAGGGGAAGGCUGUGACAUUUCUUCUCGAAUCUCUCGGCCUGAACAAUUGCGAUGACGUUCUUCCAAUUUACAUUGGAGAUGACCGGACUGAUGAAGAUGCAUUUAAGGUGUUGAGGGAGAGGAGGCGCGGCUAUGGGAUUUUGGUGUCAUCUGCGCCCAAGGAAAGCAAUGCAUAUUACUCCCUUAGAGAUCCAUUUGAGGUAAUGGAAUUUCUCAAGUCGCUGGUGAUGUGGAAGAAAGUGAAGUGCUCUAUCGGUAGUGAAGUACUCUGAGUAGUUCGUUUAUUGUUCUUAAGCAAAAAAGUAGUAGAAUAUAUGAAGAAAAAAGAAACGAAAUGAUAUUAUAUUAUAUAGAAGAGAAUACGCUGACAUACUACGUAAGUACGCAUACACUACGUUGUGAAGAAGGUGAAGGAGAAGAAGGAAAGGAAGCGAGCCGUAUAAGUUGUUUGUUUGAGCAGCAGCAGCCUUCAACGGCGGUUUUGUGGAGUGACUAGCGGGAAUACGACGGCGGCUUUGUCUCUCUGGUGGUGGUGGAGGUUCAGCUGGCAUGCUUUUAUGUUGCUCGUAACUUGGCGAUCUUAAUUCAUUUUGCUGUUGGUUUGGGGGGAAAAGGAAGUGUAUAUUUUUUUUUUUCUUCUUCUUAUCAUCAUUUCUUUGUUGCUAAUGACGUUGAUGCGGUAAUAUCAUUAAUUGUUUCUUUCUAAGGGUGUUGGGAUUUUAUUGAAUUCUGGUUGAGGUCUACCAGAAUGCGUACAACA